UCGUUCGCCGGACGGCCCCUCUGCAGGUCAGGAGUUACGAACCGGCCGGUUCACACGCUCUGGCCCCGUUCCUAUAACUCUCUUAUCCUACCGUGUUUUUUUUGAAUGCCCCGUUUUUUUUUUUUCCCCCCCUUCGUUGCAUCGGGACUUUUGAAACAAUGCAGCUGACUGCCGUUCGUCCGACCCUUUGAGAUGGAGAAAACCUCAGCAGAAGAUGACUGCGUGGAUUCAGGAGCCGAAACCGGAGGGUCUGAUUACAGUCCCCUGUCCUCAACGAGCAGUGAGUUAUCCAUGGGCGAGCUCCAGGAUCCCUUCCUCGUCAGCGUCCAUCUCAUCGCCGACCCCGGCCAGGGCAAGUUCCUGCAGCGCGCUGCGGAUGCUGUGCUAGCGUGGGUUCACCCCGAACUGCAGCUUUUCAGAGUCUCAGAGCGGGCCUCCAUCUCCCAGCGGCCCUGGCCCAAGCGCCAUCAAAAUGGCAGCCCGGUAGCAGCCUGCCAGCCAGCCUUGGCGGUCAUCCUCUUCCUCCAGGAGGCGUACGGUGGUGAGGAGCAGAUACUGAUGCUGCACCGCGCUCUGCAGAGACCGCCUUGGCGAUACCACCACACUGAAAAAGUCAGCAAUGGCCGGCGGAUGCUGCCGCUGACACCAUGCAGUCAGGACUUUUUCACUCUGUCUCCUGGGACACCGCUCUGGGCCGUGCGACAGGUGCAUUACGGGAAAGAAAUAGUGCGAUUUACUGUUUACUGCCGACACGAAAACUAUGUCGACAUGGUGCGGCUGUACAAGCUGCUGCUUCAGCGGAGGGUAGCGCAGAAGAAGGAGGACUUUUGCUUCUUUGUAGUGUACUCCAACCCAGACAUGGAGAUCCAGAUGUCAUUUAAGAGGCUCCCGCGAGGUCAGAGUCCGUCGGUGCUGGAGUCAGCGGUGAUGGAGGUGAGGGUACGGGACGUUGGAGCGCUUGUGCCCCUGCUGCCACAACCCUGCAGCCCAAUCAGUGAGGUCCGCUGGCAGACGGAGGACUACGAUGGAAAUAAGAUCCUCCUGCAGGUCCAGAGUGCACACUUCAAACACAGACAAGAUCCCUGCCACAUAUCCUCCACUGUCACUGAAUCAGAUUCGGCUCCAUCCACCUUCACCCGCAGCGGCACCUCAUACAGGAACCGUCGGUAUCAUCAUCGAGUGACAUCCAAGCCCAUAGUCCACCAGACCUCCAACAGCUCCCUCCCUCUGGCCUGUGAGUAUCCGGAUGAGCAGGAGCAGUGGCCUGACCGGCAGCAUCCGGACAGCUGGAGGACCCAGUGGAGGGGCCAACGGUCCGGCUCCCUUUUCUCUCUACCCAACCUUGGCUCAGCCAGCUCCACCUGCUCCUCUCCUGGGCCUUCUCCCAGCCCCCAUCACAGGACCCACUCGCUUAACAUGAACUCCUCCCUCAUCCCGCCCUUCCGGCUCAAUGUGGACGCUCUGAUUGGGGCAGAGGAGACAGACGUGGACACAGGAAACAAAGUAAAUCCAGGCAGCAGUGUUGACCUUACAGUGGUGUCUGCGUACAUCAAAUCCAGCCUGCCACAGACUUGUCGGCCAUUAUCGGCGCCGCCCGAAGACAUCAGGCCCUCCCUGUCUCCUGGCAUCCCAGAGAACGCCUACAAGGCAGCCACACUGGGCCGGACUCCAAACUGCUUCUCCGCCAACGGCGCUCCCUCCACCUUGUUGGGGUCAUGUCCCCGAAGCACCAGUGUGACCACAAGCGCUGCUCUGUCCCUGAGCGAUGUGUCGAUAAACCAGUCUGACAGUUGCAGCAUUGUUGGUGCACCAGUCAAAGAGGCAGACCAUGCAGAGGAACAAGAAGACCAAGAAUUCUACAUUUGAUCGACUGGUGUAAGCCUAGAGGACUCACUCUCACCAGCAAUGACAGACUUCAGUACUGAGACAGUCGAAACAGCUCUACUCCGCCCACUGGUGUUUGAUAGUAAAACUACGGGCCAGCGGCAGCAUAACCUGGAGCACAGCAACAACUGUAUUUAAUGUUCUCACGUAUUUGUUAAUGUUGCUUUUUUUUUUCGCAUGUAGAUUUAAGCUUCUAAAAUGUCAGGUCAUGUAAGUAAAUGAAGUUACACAUUUAAAGGACAAAUCGCAU